ACCAGUAAAAAUCCUAGUCCCCAUAAACCUAAAUUUUCUCACCACCACUCGCCGCUGUUCACGCGUCGCCCCCGGCCCCCGCCGCUGUGUCGUGGCCAUGGAGGUGAUCGACGACAAGGACGCCAUGCGGCAGUGGUCGCGCAAGCAGCACCACGAGGGGCGCACGGUGGCGCUGGUGCCGACCAUGGGGUAUCUGCACGAGGGCCAUCUGUCGCUGGUGCGCCUGGCGGCGACGCUGGCGGACGUGGUGGCGGUGUCCGUGUACGUCAAUCCCUCGCAGUUCGCGCCGCACGAGGACCUCCUCUCCUACCCGCGCGACCUCCCCCGCGACCUCGCGCUCCUCAAGGACCUGCCAGUGGCGGCAGUGUUUGCCCCCACCGACCUGUACCUGCGCCCCCUCUACGCGCCGCCUGACCAGCGCCAUGCCGUGGCGGAGCCUCCUGCAGCGCCCGCCCCUGGCGCGGCGGAGGGGGGAGUGGGGGGGCACGAGACGUGGGUGACGGUGGAGCGGCUGCAGCGGCCGCUGUGCGGGGGCGGGCGGCCGGUGUUCUUCCGCGGCGUGGCGACAGUGGUGGUGAAGCUGCUGCACAUCGUGGAGCCCGACGUGGCCGUGUUCGGCAAGAAGGACUACCAGCAGUGGCGCCUCAUCCACCGCAUGGUACGCGACCUGGACAUGGCGGUGCAGGUGGUGGGUGCGCCGCUGCUGCGCGAAGCAGAUGGGCUGGCCAUGAGCAGCCGCAACGUGCGGCUCACAGCCCAACACCGACAGCAGGCUCUCUCCAUCAGCCGUGCGCUGCUUGCGGCCAAGGCGGCAGCGGAGGCAGCUGAGAGAGGCGCAGGGGAGGGGCAGGAGGAUGUGGCAGAUGCCGGGGCGAUUGUGGAGCAAGUGCGGCGAGAGAUUGAGGGGGCAGGGGGGCGGGUGGAGUAUGUGCAGUUGGUGGAGCAGGAGAGUCUGGAGCCUCUCGCACGCGUCACUCAGCCUGCCGUGUUGGCUGUGGCUGCUCACUUCGGAGCUGUGCGACUCAUAGAUAAUGUGGAAAUACAGGUGCCUCAGUAGCAGAGGCACGCCAGACUGCUGUUAUUGCUGGCAUGGAUAAAACAGUGUUUCUCCAAAUGUCAUAAUAGCAGCUGACACAUGGACGGGUGGAUGAAGGUGUU